AUAACUGGGAACAAUGAUACGAAGAAAGAAGUCUUCAUCUGGAAAAUCUUCACGAAAAAAGAGAGGAGAAUCUUCUUCACCAACUCGGAGACGUGGAUCAGAUGCAUGUAAUCCGCCUCCAGAAUUUGCUCCGUAUGAUUAUGAUACACUUUCACCUUACGCGAUGAAAUGUCUCAAAGGACAACAUUAUCCGUUUCUUUCAAAUGGAUUUAUUCAUCUUGUUCACGAGCUCGAAGCUAUGCUGGCUGCAAAUAACUUUACAAAAGAUUACAUGGCUGGUGAAAUUCAAUAUAUGAAUGAAGGAUUCUAUCCAACACCUGAUUUAAAUACAAGAUUGAUGCCUUUUUAUGAUUCACGAGAGAAGGAACGAACACCGACACCAUUGGAUUGUUCUGAAGCUCAUGUUAGUCAUUCGUCAAAUGCUCACAACGAUGAAGAUACGGGCAAAGAGAAUGAAAUUUGUCUACUUCCUGAGGAACAAGACGAUGAAGAUGAUAAUUUCGAUGAAUAUCCUGCAUAUCAUGUGGGAACACGUUUCUGGACAUGGUGCCGCAAAAGUUUUAUGGGGAAAAUUGAUACGCAAUUUCUUGAAGAAUUCAAAGAGAUUGUUCUCGAUCCAUAUAGUGAUGAGGCCCUUCAAAAAUAUUUUGUGAAUGAACCAUGGAAAUAUCGAAAAAGAGCACCUCCUCCAGCUUCUAGAAGAAAAUCUCUAAAUACGUCGUUAAAUGGAAAAAAUUCAAAAAAAGUAUCGAUCUCGAAUGAAGUAAUUUCUCCGACAACAAAUGGCACGAGAAGUGCUCCACGAAAAGCUUCACUCGCCGGAUAUCGUAUUCCAAAUCGUCGAAAUUCUGAAAAAGACAAGGAUCUGACGAAUAAUAAUAAUAAAAUCAUGCCGAUUAUUGGGUCAAUGGUUUACACAGCUUGCAAAGAAUAUAAAGAUGGAAAAAGUAUUCCUGAUACUCCAACUACACGAAGAUCUGGAAAAUCUCGAAUGAUGAGUCCAGAGUUUACGAAAGAGAAAAAAUGCGCCAAACUCGAAAUUGACACCGAAUCUGAGGAUGAAAUUGAAUAUAGUAAUGGCCAUUCACACCGUGGAACUUCUUCAAGAUUGCAUUCUCCUCGUCAAGUGAAGAAAGAAAGAAUGGAUGAUGAAUACGAAAAAAUGGCAAACGGGCAUUCUUCGUUAACAAACGGAGUGAAUGGACACUCUAAAGGACCAACAUCACCAAAACGAAAAAAUGGAGAUAUUAGAAGUUACUUCAGUGCUACACCAAAACCUGCAACAACAACAAAUACACGAAAACUUAGUGAAAAUGGAUCAGAGGACAUUGAAAUGCCAUCAGAUAUUGAAGAUUUUGAUGCGAAAGCAGUUGGUUCUCGAAUAGUUGCAAAAUUAAUUGCAGGAGGUAUUCUCCCUGAUUCAAGUGCUCAUAUCUUUGAGCAAAUGACACAGGAAAACUAUGAAGAUGGAAAUAGUGCUGGAGUAUCAACAAAAGUUGAAAUGAGUGAAGAAGGAAAAGAUGAUGCAGAAGAUCAAGAGAUUGGAGAACUUGCAGAAGAACUCCAAAAUCUCCAAAUGAAUCUAAAAGAAGAAAUGGCUGCUAAAAAUGCUCUUUUCAUGUUAACGUGGCGACGAGCUAAAGCUCAUUUUGCUUUCUUCCACACGUUUAAUGAAUUGAAAAGAGGCGAUUAUGAUUUAUUCAAACUUGGUGUCAACAUGUAUCGCGACUUCCCGAAUCGAAAACUUCCUGGAAUAUCAGAAACUAUUCUACUAAAACAUUCACUCCGAAAACGUAAUCAUCUUGCUCGAACCCACUACAGUAAAAUGUAUCGUCGCCAUCCGAAAUUCCGUUGGCAUCGUGACCAUUUGCCAGCUGGAAGACGUAUUGAUGCCUGAUAGUGUAUAUCAAAAAUAAUUUAUUUUCAAUUUUUUCUGUCAAAAACCCAAUCAUUUUCUUUCAAAAUUUCAUAUGAUUUUGCUUUGUUAAUUUUUUUGUUUCGACAUGUCUUUUUUUCAAAACGAGAUCUCCAAAGUAACAUUUUUGUGUAAAAUAUUAAGAUUGUAAUAUUUAUUUUAUUAUUCUAUACCCGGGUCCCUUCUUUUCGUGUUCCUCUCUCACCUCCCAAACAGAUCCGAAAAAACUUGAAUUGAGCCCCCAAUUAUUUCAAAUCAAAAACCGAAUCAUAUAUCAUAGACCAUCAAACAUUAUUUCUUUUUCCAUUUAUAUUUCUUUCAUGUAUUUUCCAAAUUGCACAUUCUUCAAUGACGGUCCUGCUCUAUUGCGAUUGAGAUGCUCUCAAAAAAAGUGUCUUUGGGUAGCACAAUAAACGACGAAUUUUUGAAAAUUGCUAAUUCUGUAAAUAUCAUAAUUUAUUUCUUACUGAGCACUUACACAUAACAUAUCUGAACAAUAAAUAUUGUUUGACAAAU